AUGUCCACCGACCGCGCACGGCCCUGGUCGGACAUGCCUGUGAUCAAGCCCAGCACUGCGCGACGAUCGUCUCGGCUGCUGGGAAAGACAGCGAGUGCACCUGUGAUACAAGUUCCUACGUUGUCUGUCGAAUCGAAGCCGGCUCCGCGUGUCAAGCGUGUGAAGAUCGAGGCGGCGCCGCCUUCUCUCCCGCCCCUUUUGCCUGACGACCAAGUGUACCAAUGCACGACCAUUGAACAGCCCGUCCUUCCCUUCUCUCUCGACACCGCCAAGGCCCACUUGUGCCGCGUCGAUCCACGCUUCAAGGCCCUCUUUGCGCAGAUGGAAUUGAAAGUCUACGAUGAAAUGUACCGUGGCGACGUCAAGCAACUCAACCUUUUCCGCACGCUUACCACCUCUAUCCUGGGCCAGCAGAUUUCAUGGCGUGCAGCGCGGAGUAUUCUGUACAAGUUCUGCCGCUUGUUCGAGCCCAGCAUGCCUUCUGUGGACGAGAUCCAUGUGGCAGCUGUCGACAAGGAGCAGUGGCCCUUCCCGACGCCCCGCCAGGUCCUCCAAGUCUCGGACGAGGCGCUCCGUUCGGCGGGGCUGAGUGGCGCCAAAAUCAAGUACGUCCGCGAUGUUGCACGACGCUUUGCAGAUGGCCGCUUGGACGUACGAAAGAUCGUGCAGAUGGACCCCGAAGCUUGCAUUGCCGAGCUUACGCAGGUCAAAGGCGUCGGUCGUUGGACGGCGGAAAUGCUACUCAUGUUUGCGAUGCGCAGCCCGGAUAUUCUGCCUGUGGGUGAUCUGGGCGUGCAGCGAGGCAUGGUUCAUUUUUACAUGGCAGAUCAUCAUGGUCCUACCAUUACGGAGGCCAAGCGGCAAGCUACGUACACGCCUUCCGCGCUGGAUACCCACACCGACCUUCCCUAUCCUACCACUACUGUCACACGUUCGACGCUGGCCCAGCGGGCGCGUGGCCAAAAGACGUCCAAAAAGAUGUACUUGGACCCGGAGGAAAUGCAUGCGCUGGCAUUGCCAUGGGCCCCCUACCGGUCUGUCGCCUGCAUGUUUAUGUGGUCCAUUGAUAGCUAA